AUGUCCGUUGACGAGUUUUCUAGAGACUUUGAGAUAAUAGAAGAUAUUGUCAACCGCCCCAGUGAGCGUCUCCUGAAAGUGCGCGGCAAAACCUCUGGUGCAUAUUAUGCAUGCAGGCAAAUAGACGUAUCAAAGCUCAAACAAGAACAGCAGCAGAUGCUUGAAGCUGAAAUACACCUGUUUCAACAGCUAGAUGGAAAAUUAACCACUCGUUACCUCAGGGUGCUGCGCAACAAUAAGCCUAGCGUUAUCCAUUUGAUCAUGGAAUACUGUGACGACGGGACAUUAGAAGACUUGUUUGUAAGAACUCGGGAAAGAAGAAUACCUUGUACAGAGGAAAAGACACGAGCUAUUGGGUCUCAGAUAGCACAUGCUUUGAGCGCUCUCCGCUCCUCGGCCUGUGGACUUGAUGGGGCUACCGUUAUGGGCGCUCUUACGCCGAAAUCUGUCCUCUUACUCAGCACAGGAAAGAUCAGACUUAAAGGACUUUGCUCAUGGCAUUCAUCGGGACAGAUUUCUAUAUCAACUCGAGCAGACUACAUGAUAUCGUAUACUGCACCCGAGGUGUUUACUAGUAACAUUUAUAAUGAGCAAUCGGAGGUGUGGGCUCUAGGAUGCAUUCUGUAUGAGGCCCUUGCAGCAAGGAGAUGCUUCUCCGCAGAAACGGGAGCUAUUCUGAGGCAUAACAUAAUUAACUGCAAAUAUGCUCCACUUCCUAGCAGCGUCAGCGAAGGAAUGAAGCUGCUAAUUUCAGAAAUGCUCAAGCCCGAUUAUAAUUCCCGUCCGACUUUACUAGAUGUUAGGUUAUCCCUUCAACUGCUUAGCAAUGCAGAAAAGACGCAUCAUUGGGACCCCGAUAUCAUAACAGAGAUCGCUGGCCAUCCAACACCAGUUGCGGACUCAAUCAAGAAGCUGGUAGGGAUGGUUAGUGGAGAUAUUGUCACAUUCCUGCAGAAUCCAAGCAGUCCAGUAGUUUCUGCAUAUAUACACACUGAUCUAAAGACAUCUAAAGCCUCGGGAAACGUGCAUCUCGCUGGUAAGGUUGUUCUUACAAAGUCCACGUAUGCGGAUGGUGCGACUAACUGUGCUAUCGACAGAUCCAGACUACCUACCAGCGCAAGCAUAGUGUACACGAGAUCAAGCAGCAAAGGUAAAACGAGUUCCAUUGUACACACCCCAUCCAUGUCGAAGAUGGCUAAUACCAUACGUCAUGGAGCCAGAUCGCAUAGUAGUUUUUCAUCCUCUGCGCUUCAAACUCCCAAUUUAACCUGCAAACACGUGGUAUCAAGUUUCAGAAAGUCUAUCGGCUCAAAUGGUAUAUUAAACAAUAACAGUACUUCUGUUUCAAAUACAGACUCAUUAAGAAAAAAGCAUGCUUCCGAUUGCAACGUGGACAUGAACUCUGAUAGCUUGACCCUUAGCAACCUAAAUACUGGGCAAGAUUGCUUACAACAAAAGCCACAGUUCUUAGAGCGCAAUGGUGGAGGUUCUUCUGUUAGAUCCGCUAGUGUAAGAUUGCCAUCCAUGUCAAUGACAACGAAACCCGCAAAUCUGCAACUAAUGGCCCUACACAACGCAGUAGGAGGUUCGUUUAACGCCCUGAGCAGAGACGUGACAUUCAGUAAAACGCAAAGCUCGACCACAGAUGUGUGUGGUACAACUGAUUUGAUGAUUGCAGCAGUGAAAGGGAAUGCUUCUCUUGUUGAACGUUACCUUGAUACGCAGUCGGGGAUGAGAAAUUGCAAUGGUAUGACAGCACUGAUGCUCGCAGCAGAGCGAGACCAUGAGGCUGUAGUCUUACUCCUGCUCGCCACAGAGGGGCGCAUGCAUGUCUUACUUCCGGACGGGCGCAAGGGAAAGACAGCACUUAUGUUUGCCGCCAUCAACAAUCAUACAAGUACUGUACAACGUCUUUUGGAGACUGAGGCUGGCCAGCAAGAUGAAAAUGGCAACACAGCCUUAAUGCUUGCUGUGAAGCACCGGUUUACAGACGUAGUGAAACAGUUGGUGCAGUGGGAAGGAAAGAUGGCAAAUGAGAGAGGAGAAACCGCCCUUAUGAUGGCUGCAGCAACUGGAGACGUAACUAGCGUAGGGUUAUUGAUAGACACGGAAGCUGGCUCAGUAACGACGUAUGGCUGGACUGCGCUAUGCUUUGCUGUCAUGAACCAUCAUGCUUUGGCAGCCGAGGCUCUUGCUCAACGAGAACUUGGGUUGCAAUGUUUUCAACAUGGUUGUAGUGGUGUGACUGCGUUUAUGAUAGCCGCUGAGGCAGGAUACGUAGAUAUAGCAUCAUUGCUGGUAGAAAAGGAGGUAUUUCUUCGAAACAAGAACGGCGAAAAAGCACUGGAUAUAGCCAUUAAAGCAGGUCAGGCAGAUAUGAUUGCCUUCUUAGAGAAUGCAGAAAGACUCCUAGAAGCAGAUAUGUGCUGA